CGCCUUGCAGGCAGGAUGCAGACGCUGGGAAGAGCGAUGAGGAUGGAGGCCCGCGAGGCAGCGCCGCCGGCGGGGGCGGGCGGCUGGAGCAAGUGGGUGAGGCUCAACGUGGGGGGCACGGUGUUCCUGACCACCCGGCAAACGCUGUGCCGCGAGCAGAAGUCCUUCCUCAGCCGCCUGUGCCAGGGGGAAGAGCUGCAGUCUGACCGGGAUGAGACCGGGGCCUACCUCAUCGACCGUGACCCCACCUACUUCGGGCCCAUCCUCAACUUCCUCCGGCAUGGCAAGCUGGUGCUGGACAAGGACAUGGCUGAGGAGGGGGUCCUGGAGGAAGCGGAGUUCUACAACAUCGGCCCGCUGAUCCGCAUCAUCAAAGACCGGAUGGAGGAGAAGGAUUAUACCGUCACACAGGUCCCACCCAAGCACGUGUACCGUGUGCUGCAGUGCCAGGAGGAGGAGCUCACGCAGAUGGUCUCCACCAUGUCCGACGGCUGGCGCUUCGAGCAGCUGGUGAGCAUCGGCUCCUCCUACAACUAUGGCAGCGAGGACCAGGCAGAGUUCCUGUGCGUGGUGUCCAAGGAGCUCUACAGCUCCCCGCACGGACUGAGCUCCGAGUCCAGCCGCAAAACCAAGGCCACUGACUUUGGGGACUGUUGCCUUUGCACAUGCUGUUCCUCGGCCUGGAAUGCUCUUCCCCACCUUGGCCACCUUCGAACCCCAAGUCUCCUCCAGGCAGCCUUCCUGAGGUGCAGGCUACCCCAAAGCCCCUUCACCCUGGAUCAGCAUCCCCACCCCUCCCGAGAUCAGGAGCCAAGUUCUGUGCAGCUCUGUGACCCCAGUGCGGCCCUUGGCACGUGGUAGGAGCCUGUGAGCUGCUUGCUGAAUAAAUGACUCAGAAUGCAGAGGCAGUGCCGCGCCGGAGGGGAAGUGGUAGCCUGGGAAUCAGGAGAUAGGGCUUCCGCUCCAGGCUCCACUCCUGACCCCUCCCUGGUGCGAUCAUGAGACUCUCUGCCCCUCAGCUUCCUUCCAAGCUUCCAGAAGGAGCGCAUCACUUGUCCCAGCCCUCACUCUGACCUGAGGGGCACCAAACCAUUGCCUUCCUGGGGUUGUUCCCAGGACCUAGGCCCCUGCCCUGGAGGCCACCGCUUCCCCCACUGACCCCCCCUUGGCCUUCUGGACGCUUAGCCAACAGGCUGAGCAGAUAACAGGGGCUGCUCAGUCAAAGGCAUGAGAUUGGUGCCCGGGGCCCCAUUCAAUCCCCAGAACAGGACCUCGGGUCAGACAGCUUUAUUCCACAGGGCAGCUGAGCUCACCUCCAGGUGAGAAUGGGCAGUGAAGGCCAGAGGAACAGGUAGGCGUGGGAGGACCCUGGACCUGGGGCUCCCCACCCUUUGGCCUGCAGUGGCGGCUGGCCCACUUGGCUGUCUCCAGGGCUCUGAGGGCCCUUCCUGCGGGGGCACCUUCCUCCCCCACCCUCAAGUUAGGCCAAGGGCUUCAAAGGCUGGAAUCUGCUGCCUGGAGAGGAUGCUGGCCCAGCAGCCUCUGCGCUGGGCCGGGGGCAGGUGGGGUCCCGGCAGCCACAUGAUUGCUGCUCAACCCCUCCCCACCAAAGUCAGCAGCGGAGGAAGGGGAAGGAGAAGAGAGAAUCAGGAGGGGACAGGCUGGAUGUGAACCGCCCCCACCCGGGCCUGGUGACCAUCCCAGGCCCUCAGGGGAAGUCUUGACCACCAGCUGAUGGCCCUUCUCCGUCCUUGUGUCCUCACUGGGGCAGAUGUCAGGCAACAGGUUGUGGGAGAGGAGAGACGCCACCUCCUGUCCCCACGGGGCCCUGCCACCGGCAGAAUACUUGCUCCCCUGCCUGGUGGGCGCCCUGGGCUCUCUGAGUCCAAGAGGUGGGGGCCCUUGCUCUGCGGGGGCAGCUCCUCAAGUCAGCACCUGCUGGAUCCAGCCAAUCACACCUGUGAUGCGGGUGUAGACGCCAAAAUAGUUGGGCCGGCCACAGCCCAGACCCCAGCUGACCAGCCCCGCCAGGAACCAGCGGCCACUGGGCUCCUUGCACACCAGCGGGCCGCCCGAGUCACCCUGUAAGAGGGGAAGAGACAGGGCCACGUCAGGGUAGAGGCGUCCCCUUCCAGGCAAGGGUCCCGACUGCUGGGCAUGUUCUGAGUGAACAUCUACCUUGUGGGCAUCCCCUUUGGAAGCCUCCGAUAAAUGGAGGGGGCCCAAACCAGCCCAGCCUAGCCUCCAGCAGGGCCUGGCUUUCGCGGAAGCGUGGACGUGUGUCCCCACGCCCUGCCCAGCCCCGCCUGCCUUCUGUGGGCUCCGUCCAGUCCUCUCUGCUGCCUCACUUGGGCAAAGGGCCUCGCGGAGGGCAAGGAGCAGCGCCGGGCUUGGGCCUCAGACCCGCCUCCCCGGGGUCUCUUCUCAUCUGGGGCCUGCAACCUGGAGCAGGUCUCUCAACCUCCCGAGCCUCAGUUUCCUCAUCCAUGAAGUGGGAAGAGCCGAGCCCACCUCGCCGUGCGGCUGCAGCAGGCCACUGGGGGCAGAAGGCCAGGCCCCGGGUGAUGUGAGCAGUGCCCUCUCUCCCCGACCUGGCCCACCCCGCAGGAGUCACCUGGCAGGCAUCCUUCUUGCCCCUGCGGUAGCCGGCGCACAGCAUGCGGGGGGUCACCUGGUAGCGGUAGGCCUCGCUGCACAGGUCCUGCGGGAUCAGCUGCACGUCCACCUUCUGCAGACCGUUGCUGGUGGGGCCUGCCCGGUGGGGCCGGGGGCAGAGGUGAGAAGAAAGGAGGUGCCCGGGGCCCCCCACUCUUCCCUCCCCACCCUUCCGUCCCCGCCCUCCACCUCUCCAUCACUCUGUUCUGGCUUCUUCUCUGAGUAGCUCAUGGUGACAGACCCCACCCCGACCCUGCCCAGGGCCUACCUGGACUAGGGUCCUCCUUAGGUCCUCCCCUCCCCUCCUGCUUGAGGCUUCUUGGCUGCCUCCCCUCCGCUCUGUGACAGCCCUGGGGGAUUUUUCCAGAACACACAUCUCACCCCUUCACUCCCCCCUAAAACUCGUCAGCAUCUCUCCACUGUCCAGCCAGCACUUCUCCCUAGGAGCUUCAAUCGACACUGUGCCUAGUCCCACCCGGAGAUCCGGUCUGUUCAGCUGGGGUAGGCCCAGACAUCCGUGCUUUUUCUCAAAGCCCUGAUGCUUCGAGCAGGUCAGGAGGAGGACUCCUGGCUCCGGAUCCUCACGCAGAUCCACCGGCUCCCCUCUGGUGCUGGGUGUUCUCAGGGCUCCCUGGGUUGCCACCUGUGCUCUUAUCAGAAAUGCCUUCCCCCUUCGCUGGGACACUGCUGACCUAUCCUCCAAGCCUGAGCUCAGCCCGCCCUUCCUCUGGGCUGCCACUGCCCCCUGUACCUCCCCAUCCGUGUCAGCUCCCCAAAGAAUGUUUCCUGUUUGUCUUUAUAUUCCCUUUGUCCAACUCGAUGCCUGGCAUAUAGCAGGUGCUCAUAAAUGUGUCAUUGAAUGAA